AUGACCGCCCACCGGGGGUCCGAAGACCUCCCGCCCAAACCGGAUCUCGAUUCCCAAUUCCAGCAGGUCGAGAUAGCGACAGACCCCGAGGAUGCAGACUUCAAACGUCGCGAGGCCCGCGUUGUCGCGAAGCUCGAUCUCUACGUCUGUCCAAUCCUUAUCAUCCUGCAGCUCAUCUCGUUUCUCGACCGCGGAAAUAUUGGUUUCGCCGCCACCCAGGGCAUGAUCACGGACCUACAUCUCGUUGGAACCCAGCUCAAUACCGCCAUCUCGCUCUUCUACCCGCUAUACAUCCUCUCGGAGUUCCCCGCGGCGCUCAUCGUCAAGCGCAUUGGCUUCCACCGCUUGAUUCCCGCGGCGGCGGCGUGUUGGGGUCUAGCGUGUCUGGGGAAUGGGUUCGCGAAGAGUUUCGGCGACCUUGCGGCGUGUCGCUUGUUGAUGGGCAUGUUUGAGGGGUUCUUGAUGCCUAGUCUGACUCUUAUGCUGGCGAAUUGGUAUAAGCGAGAGGAGAUUGGGUUGAGGAUAAGUUAUCUGUUCAUUGCUUCGUCUGUUUCAAGUGCGUUUAGCGGCGUGAUCGCAUACGCUAUCUUAUUUAUGGAUGGGAAGGCGGGAUAUCCUGGAUGGAGAUGGUUGUACAUAAUCGAGGGCUCUGUAACCGUGGUCGUUGCUGCUGCCUGCUACUUCAUUAUUCCGUCAUCUUACACGACGGCUUACUUCCUCAACGAAGAUGAUCGCGCCGUGAUGCGGAAGCGUGCGGAGCUUACUGAAGCAUACAGCGGCGGAAAAGGGCAUUAUACCCGUGCGGAAUUCAUGAUGGCUAUCAAAGAUGUGAAGACUUGGUUGCACACACUCAUUCAAGUUAUGUGCUUGACCGUCAUGUACGGCUUCAGCGUCUUCCUGCCGAUUAUCCUUCGUUUCGGGUUCAAUUUCAGCGUCGAACAAUCUCAAUACCUGAGCAUUCCGGUGUUCUUCUGGGGUUCUCUCGUCUACGCCGUGGUGGGGUACUUAUCCGACCGGUUCUCGCGACGAUUUAUAGCCUGUGUGCUCUGUGCACCAUUCGGUGUAAUCGGCUACGCAAUUCUUCUAGGCGGCGAACACCUUUCUGUCGGAGUUAAGUACUUCGCUUGUUUUAUCAUUGCUACUUGUGUAUGGGUCAUGGGCGGUGCGAAUAUAGCUUGGCUAUCGACCAAUUCGGCACCUGACGGUAAGCGUGCGGCGUCCCUUGGGUUUGCUCUAGCAAUAGGAAAUCUCGGUGGGAUUAUCUCUGGGCAGAUAUAUCCGCAGACGAUGGCCCCGGCGUACACUCUGGGUCACGCAUGGAGUCUUGGAGCGAUAUGCGUCGCAUUUUCCACUUGGAUGGUAAUUAGGCAUAUCUAUUACAAUCGCGAGUCGCUCAAAAAUGAUGUUCGUGGGACUAGGAGUUCGGAGCCAAUCGAAUUUUCUGAUAGAGCGCCGUCAUAUAAGUACCAGCAUUGA